AGCAACACCAAAUUGUGUAUCUUCAAAGGACUAAUUUGAUAUAUUUGGGGUAUAGGCUAUAUCUUGUAAGCAUGAGACUGAAGAUAGUAGCGUUUUGCACUAAGGUUGUGCUGCAACAUGUCAAAGGCAAAGCGACUAUUUCGUGGCUAUUGCUGGCUCUCCUUGGACUCUGUGUGGCUUUUGGGCCCAGUAAACAGGAUGAAGAGGACUAUGAAGAUGUUCCCAUAAAUAAGACUUGGGUUUUAUCCCCCAAGGUCUAUGAGAGUGAUGUCACCUUGAUCCUCAAUACAUUACUUCAAGGCUAUGACAACAAACUCCGACCUGACAUUGGAGGCAAGCCAACAGUGAUUGAGACUGCGGUGUAUGUUAACAGCAUUGGACCAGUUGAUCCCAUUAAUAUGGAGUACACCAUAGACAUCUUUUUUGCCCAGACGUGGUACGACAGCCGUCUAAAGUUCAACAGCUCUAUGAAACUCUUGAUGCUUAACAGCAACAUGGUGGGAAAGAUUUGGAUUCCGGACACUUUCUUUCGUAACUCCAGAAAGUCAGACGCCCACUGGAUCACUACUCCAAACCGCCUGCUUCGACUGUGGAGUAACGGGAGAGUCAUGUAUACGCUGAGGUUGACUAUUAAUGCGGAGUGCUACCUUAAGCUGCAUAACUUUCCAAUGGAUGAGCAUUCGUGUCCACUGGAGUUUUCAAGCUAUGGCUAUCCUAAGAAUGAAAUUCAGUAUCGUUGGCAAAGACGCUCUGUGGAAGUGGCAGACCAAAGGUACUGGAGACUCUACCAGUUUGCCUUCGUCGGCCUGCGUAAUACUACUGAUGUGGCACACACCCAAUCAGGGGAAUACGUCAUCAUGACAAUCUUUUUUGAUUUGAGUCGGAGAAUGGGCUACUUUACUAUUCAGACGUACAUUCCUUGCAGCAUGAUUGUGGUGCUGUCCUGGGUUUCCUUUUGGAUCAACAAAGAUGCAGUCCCUGCCCGGACUUCAUUGGGUAUAACCACGGUGCUCACUAUGACGACUCUCAGCACCAUUUCCAGGAAGUCCUUACCCAAAGUUUCCUACGUUACAGCCAUGGAUCUGUUUGUGUCUGUGUGCUUCAUUUUCACCUUUGCUGCUCUCAUGGAGUAUGGAACUCUCCACUACUUCACAAGCAACCGUCAAUCAAAGAAGACCAAAGCUAACAAUGCACAGAAGUCCACCGGAGUAAGCAUCCAGCCAGGGACUUCCCUUCUCCAGAUGAACAACAUUGCCCCCUAUCAUGAAGAUGAUGAUUAUGCAUACGAAUGUCUGGAUGGGAAAGACUGCACAAGUUUCUUUUGUUGUUUUGAUGACUGUCGCUCCGGAGCCUGGAGGGAAAACAGGAUGCAUGUUCGCGUAUCAAAGAUUGACUCUUAUUCGCGAAUAUUUUUCCCUACAGCCUUUGGCCUCUUUAAUCUUGUUUACUGGAUAGGUUAUCUGUACUUAUAAAGAUUUUGAAAGAGGAGCUUUUGCCGUUAAUGUGCUUCUUUAGGAGAAAACUAGUUUUUUCUUUCUACCGCCUUGCUAUUGUUGGUAAUGGAAACAAAUGAGUUUAUGGAGUUCAAUUUCAUCUAUUGUGUUUGAGCAGCUCUUAUAUUUGUAAGGGUUCUAUUUUUAUAGGCAGAGACGUGUUAGCUAUAACAAACAGGGCUAGAAUGGGGUCAUUGUUUGAAGAAUGAGAUGGUUUCUAUCAUCGGUGGAUUUGAGAAUUAUAAUGCCAAUAAAUUAGGAUUUUUUCAUGUUAGAUUUUUUUUGUAACUGAAAUUGUAGCAAUUUAUAGAAUAUUAGAACAACAAAAAAAGAAGUAACUAGUAUAAUUUAAUCAUAUGCUACUAACCCUUGCAGUAUUGUGUUGCAGUAAACGUUAUAUAUUCCCAUAAUUCAUUGUAAUAGUUGACACUGUGAAUCCCUUUUUAAAACAGUACUUUCAGAGGCAUUUUUGUUAAGUUAUUUUACAAAACUGGCCUAUUUUGAAGUGGCACCCACGUAAAUUCUCAAGCUACAAAAAGGAUUAUAAACAGAAUCCUUUACCUUUUCAAAUGACAGUAGAUUUAAUAACAAUGGCGGGUGCUUACAGUGUAAUUUAAAGAUGAUAAAUUAACUUUUUAGAAACUUGCAUUUAGAGAAAUGUACGUCAUGUGAUACCAUAAAUGCCGAAAUACGAGUGACAGAAUGGAUUAUGGUAUGUAUUAAUAUGGUUACAUAAAAAAUAUGGCUAGUUUGUAUUCAAAUAGCAUGAACCUUACAUUUUAAAUGAUUAAUAUUGAUGAUAUCAUGCAAAGUAAAUGCUAUUUUUGAUUAAUGAUUCCAAUGAAUCUUGACAGGCAUUUAGAGAAAUGAAAAUCAGAGAAACUGUUGGUUUUUGGUAAUUGUAAAAUUAGUAUUUGGCUAACAAUGCUUGUUCCAGGACACCAAACCAAAGAAACUAUUGUACCUGGUUUUGUAGCAUAAAUGUUUGAUGUUGUGUUGAAAAUCUCUGUGAAUCCGUAAAGCAUUAAAGACUGUGACAUACAACAUGGUAAAAAUAAAGAAAUAAGCAAUUGUAAAU